AUGACCGCCGGCGCCGGCCUCGCGGGUGGCCGUCCGGACCCCCGCCUCUGCGCCCCGGCGCGGCGGGCUCCGUCCCCUCCCCACCCCCCGCGGGUGCAGCGCCGGCCCCGGCCGUGGCUCCAGCUGCUGCUGCUGCUGCUGCUCCUGCCGCCUGCCCUCUCCGCCGUGUUCACAGUGGGGGUGCUGGGCCCCUGGGUCUGCGACCCCAUCUUCGCCCGCGCGCGCCCGGCCCUGGCCGCCCGCCUGGCCGCCGCCCGCCUCAACCAGGACGCAGCCCGGGAGGGCGGCCCCCGCUUCGAGGUGGCGCUGCUGCAGGAGCCGUGCCGGACGCCGGGCUCGCUGGGGGCCGUGGCCUCCGCGCUGGCCCGCGUCUCGGGUCUCGUGGGUCCCGUGAACCCUGCAGCCUGCCGGCCGGCCGAGCUGCUGGCCCAAGAGGCGGGCGUCGCGCUGGUGCCCUGGGGCUGCCCCGGGACGCGGGCAGCGGGCACGACGGCCCCCGCCGUGACGCCCGCGGCGGAUGCCCUGUAUGCCCUCCUCCGCGCGUUCCGCUGGGCACGCGUGGCCCUGGUCACCGCCCCCCAGGACCUGUGGGUGGAGGCGGGACGCUCACUAGCCACAGCGCUCAGGGCCCGGGGUCUGCCAGUUGCCCUGGUGACCGCCAUGGAGCCCUCGAAUCUGUCUGGAGCCCGGGAGGCCCUGAGGAGGGUCCAGGAGGGGCCCAGAGUCAGAGCGGUGAUCAUGGUGAUGCACUCGGUGCUGCUGGGUGGCGAGGAGCAACGCUGCCUCCUGGAGGCUGCAGAGGAGCUGGGCCUGGCCGACGGCUCCCUGGUCUUCCUGCCCUUCGACACGCUCCACUACGCCUUGUCCCCAGGCCCGGAGGCCUUGUCCGCGCUGGCGAACAGCUCACAGCUUCGCAGGGCCCAUGAUGCGGUGCUCACCCUCACGCGCCGCUGUCCCCCUGGAGGCAGCGUGCUGGACAGCCUGCGCAGGGCCCAGGAGCAGCAGGAGCUGCCCCCUGACCUUAAUCUGCAGCAGGUAUCCCCACUCUUCGGCACCAUCUACGAUGCGGUCUUCUUGUUGGCGGGGGGCGUGGCGCGAGCUCGGGCGGCGGUAGGUGACAGCUGGGUGUCCGGAGCAGCUGUGGCCCACCACGUCCAGGAUGCCCAGGUCCCGGGUUUCUGCGGGGCCCUGGGAGGAGCCGAGGAGCCCCCGCUUGUGCUGCUGGACACAGAUGAGGCGGGGGACCAGCUGUUCGCCACAUACAUGCUGGACCCCACCCGGGGCUCCUUCCGCUCUGCUGGGACCCCAGUGCAUUUCCCUGGAGGGGGCCAGGGGCCUGGGCCCGAUCCCUCUUGCUGGUUCGACCCAGACAUCAUCUGCAACGGAGGAGUGGAUCCGGGCCUGGUCUUUAUCGGCUUCCUCCUGGUGGUUGGGAUGGGGCUGGCAGGGGCCUUCCUGGCCCAUUAUGUGAGGCACCGGCUACUUCACAUCCAAAUGAUCUCAGGCCCCAACAAGAUCAUCUUGACUCUGGAUGACAUCACCUUCCUCCACCCACAAGGGGGAAGCUCUCAAAAGGUGGCCCAGGGUAGUAGUCGGUCGAGUCUGGUCGCCCGCAGUGUGUCAGACAUUCGCAGCGUCCCCAGCCAGCCUGCGGAUAGCCCCAACAUCGGCCUCUAUGAGGGAGACUGGGUGUGGCUGAAGAAAUUCCCAGGGGAUCAGCACAUAGUUAUCCGCCCAGCAACCAAGACAGCCUUCUCCAAGCUCCGGGAGCUGCGGCACGAGAACGUGGCCCUCUACCUGGGGCUCUUCCUGGCGGGGGGAGCGGACAGCGCCGCGGCCCCCGGGGAGGGCAUGCUGGCCGUGGUCUCGGAGCACUGUGCCCGGGGCUCCCUGCACGACCUCCUCGCCCAGAGAGACAUAAAGCUGGACUGGAUGUUCAAGUCCUCCUUGCUACUGGACCUCAUCAAGGGAAUGAGGUACCUGCACCACCGAGGCGUGGCCCAUGGGCGACUUAAAUCCCGGAACUGCGUGGUGGACGGGAGGUUUGUGCUUAAAGUCACCGACCACGGCCACGGGAGACUACUGGAAGCGCAGAGGGUGUUAGCAGAGCCUCCCAGCGCGGAGGACCAGCUGUGGACAGCCCCGGAGCUGCUCCGGGACCCAGGCCUGGAGCGCAGGGGGACGCUGGCCGGCGACGUCUUCAGCGUGGGCAUCAUCAUGCAGGAGGUGGUGUGCCGCAGCGCCCCCUACGCCAUGCUGGCGCUGACACCCGCGGAGGUGGUGCAGAGGGUGCAGAACCCCCCUCCGCUGUGUCGGCCCUUGGUUUCCAUGGACCAGGCACCCAUGGAGUGCAUCCAGCUGAUGACACAGUGCUGGGCAGAGCAACCGGACCAUCGGCCCUGCAUGGACCGCACCUUCAACCUGUUCAAGAGCAUCAACAAGGGCCGCAAGACCAACAUCAUCGACUCCAUGCUGCGGAUGCUGGAGCAGUACUCCAGCAACCUGGAGGACCUGAUCCGGGAGCGCACGGAGGAGCUGGAGCUGGAAAAGCAGAAGACGGACCGGCUCCUCACGCAGAUGCUGCCUCCGUCAGUGGCUGAAGCUCUGAAGAUGGGGACACCUGUGGAGCCCGAGUAUUUUGAGGAGGUGACACUGUACUUUAGCGACAUCGUGGGCUUCACCACCAUCUCCGCCAUGAGUGAGCCCAUCGAGGUAGUGGACCUGCUCAACGACCUCUACACGCUCUUCGAUGCCAUCAUCGGCUCCCAUGAUGUCUACAAGGUGGAGACAAUUGGGGACGCCUACAUGGUGGCCUCCGGGCUGCCCCAGCGGAACGGGCAGCGGCACGCGGCAGAGAUCGCCAACAUGGCGCUGGACAUCCUCAGCGCCGUGGGCUCCUUCCACAUGCGCCACAUGCCCGAGGUGCCCGUGCGCAUCCGCAUCGGCCUGCACUCGGGCCCGUGCGUGGCGGGCGUGGUGGGCCUCACCAUGCCGCGGUACUGCCUGUUCGGCGACACGGUCAACACCGCCUCGCGCAUGGAGUCCACGGGGCUGCCUUACCGCAUCCACGUGAACGUGAGCACCGUGCGGAUCCUGCGCGCUCUGGACCAGGGCUUCCAGACGGAGGUGCGCGGCCGCACGGAGCUGAAGGGCAAGGGCGCGGAGGAAACGUACUGGCUGGUGGGCAGACGCGGCUUCAACAAGCCUAUCCCCAAACCGCCAGACCUGCAUCCGGGGGCCAGCAACCACGGCAUCAACCUGCAUGAGAUACCCGCCGAGAGGCGCCAGAAGCUGGAGAGGGCGAGGCCGGGCCUGUUCCCGGGAAAGUGACGCCGGGCUGGGACAGGUUGCCCCCAGAAGGUCCUCUUCCUGACAAUUGCUGCUAUAGGUGACCAAAAUCUGCCUACUGCCUACCGGUGGCUUCUGUGCAGCUUUUCGUCAAAGGACUCUGGGCCUUUAGAAGAUCUGGCUGCCAACCAGCUGUGUGACCUUUGGAAAGUCUGGUGCCCUCUCUGGGCUUGGUCCCUCUCCAGGGUGAAAUGCGAGUGGCCUAGGUGGUUUCCACACCCCCUGGCUCUGACAGCUGGGUUCUAGAACGGUUGGCCUUGGGAUAUAGGGCACUGGGCAUGUGACCUCCAGCCCCAGUGACCCUGAGACCAGCAGGAUGUUGAGAUGGGGGUGGGGGGGAGAGACCUCUCCACUUUCCAGGGCUUCUUAAGGCACCAGGAAGGAGGUUCUGGGAUUGGAUGCCCCAACCCCAGAGAAGGCGGAGACCUCCUGUCCCACCAGAGUAGAGGAUGUCACACAGGCUGAGGGUGUGAGGGCUUCUGUUUAGCCUCAAGCGUCAGUCCCUACUCCAUCCCCCACCUGUCAGGAACUGGCUCCUUCACUUGUGGGCAUGACCAGGGAACUUGCCCAAGUGCAGAGAAAAGCUUGCUUCAAGGCGUUGGAGAAAGGAAAGCAAACCAACUGCACCAAACCUUUACUAACCAGAGCACCCAAGGGAUACUAGUGUUCUCGGUUUAACUGGGCAGCCAACCCCAUCCUGGUGAGUCCCUGGCUGGAGAGUCUCUUGUGGAACUCUGAUGUUCCAGAGCAUGGGCCUCGGCGUGUUUGACUGGGUGUCCGUCUCCAUUGCUGCAGACCAGGAGAGAAUUUAGCAGGUGCUGCCGGCACCCAGGCUGCCACUCUAAGUAGUGAGCAUCCAGUCCCUGGAAGUAUGCAAGUAGAACUGGAGACAUCAUUGACCAAGGUCAUAGCCAGAGGGAAUUCCCAGGUGGGAGGAUGAACUAAGUCUUCACUGUGCAAAGUGUGGUUGGUGUUCCAGCAGCAGUGACAUCACCUUGGAAUUUGUUAGAAAUGCAGAAUCUCAGGCCCAUGGAACUAAAUGAUCCUGGGAUCCCUAAUAUUUCAGAAUCUCUAAGAUUUCCUUAAAAAACCAGGCUAGAAACUAGCCUGCGACUUGUUCUGAUUAGCCUAUGGGAUGGUUUUUUAUUUUGUUUGAGUUAACAUUUUUAAAUUAAGAGAUACCACAUUUAACCCUAGCCCAGUGGUUCUCAACCUUUCUAAUGCCGCGACCCUUUAAUACAGUUCCUCAUGUUGUGGUGACCCCCAACCAUAAAAUUAUUUUCGUUGCUACUUCAUAACUGUAAUUUUGCUACUGUUAAUGAAUCGUAAUGUAAAUAUCUGUGUUUUUCCGAUGGUCUUAGGCUCUACAGCAGUGGUUCUCAACAGGUUGAGAACCCCAACGAAAAUAAU